CACCACAGCUGACGGUUUGCUUGCUGUGCUCGCUUGGGAAAGUUUGGAAACGCUCUCGCCUUGUUUUAUUGGACGCCACAAAAGUGUUUUUACACGACCUGAUUUUUUUAAUUUUUAUUUUUUGGACUCCUUGUGGGCACGAAGUGGAUUUAACUGAACAUUUUGUCGAGAUUUAAACUUCAUUUGAGAGCGCGUUGCGAUUUUUUUUUUUUUUUUUUGUAAGUUUACAUGGCGCAUCCGACGUUCCCCGCUCGCUUUGAGUGUUGAAAUUAGUCGUUUAUCACAAAAAGAAAGGGGAAAAAAAGACGGUGUAAAUUAAAUGUAGGCCUAACAAGUGGACCCUGGGGGGGGGGGGCCUAUGAUGAACAUUUGUCCGCUGAGGGUCUGGUAAAGCAAACUAUGUCGGGAGUGGUCCGCACCCUGAGCCGCUGCCUGCUGCCGGCCGAGGCGAGUCGGGACGCGGGCGGCGGCAAGGAGAGCGGCCGGGCCAGGGACGCCGCGCAGGAACGGGAGGCUCGUCGGAGGAGCCGGGAGAUCGACGCCAUGCUAGCCCGGGAGAGGCGAGCCGUGAGGCGGCUGGUGAAGAUCCUGCUGCUCGGGGCCGGCGAGAGCGGCAAGUCGACUUUUCUCAAGCAGAUGCGCAUCAUUAACGGACAAGAGUUCGACAAGAAAGCACUUCUGGACUUCAGGGACACUAUUUAUGAAAAUAUACUUAAGGGCAUGCGCGUGCUGGUGGAUGCCCGUGACAAGCUUGGCAUCAGCUGGCAGAGCUGCGAGAACGAAAAGCAAGGCAUGCUAGUCAUGUCGUGGGAGGGACGGGCAGGAGCCGUGGGUGUAGAGCCCGGCGAGUUCCAGCUGUACGUGAUGGCACUGAGCGCGUUGUGGGCCGACGCCAGCAUCCAGCAGGCCUACGGGAGGCGCUCCGAGUUCCAGCUGAGUGAGUCGGUCAAAUACUUCAUGGACAACCUGGAGCGCAUCGGUCAGCUGAGCUACGUCCCGAGCAGGCAAGACAUUCUGUUCGCCCGCAAGGCCACCAAGGGCAUCGUCGAGCAUGACUUUGUCAUCAAGAAGAUUCCCUUCAAGAUGGUGGACGUGGGCGGGCAGCGGUCGCAGAGGCAGAAGUGGUUCCAGUGCUUCGACGGAAUCACCUCCAUCCUCUUCAUGGUGUCGUCUUCCGAGUACGACCAGGUCUUGAUGGAGGACCGCCGCACCAACCGCCUGGUGGAGAGCAUGAACAUCUUUGAGACCAUCGUCAACAACAAGCUCUUCCUCAACGUCUCGAUCAUCCUCUUCCUCAACAAGACCGACCUGCUGGUGGACAAGAUACAGACUGCCGACAUCCGCAAGAACUUCCCUGAGUUCAGGGGAGACCCGCGCAGGCUGGAGGAUGUGCAGGCGUUUCUGGUGCAGGCAUUCAGCCGGAAAAGGAGAAACCGAGGCAAGCCGCUGUUCCACCACUUCACCACCGCGGUGGACACAGAAAACAUCCGCUUCGUCUUCCACGCCGUCAAGGACACCAUCCUGCAGGAGAACCUCAAGGACAUCAUGCUGCAGUAACACACAAAGAAAAAAUUAACUCUUGACUUCAGGGUGGGUGGAACAAGUCUGUGGGAGCCCGAAAGGACUGGGCUGUAUUAACACUGACCUGAGGAGCAGUUAAGUGGACCCGCUGAGUGGUUCGAACACAACCUGUGGAGCCGUUACGCAACCCAUCUGAUACACCCUGACACGUACUGCAUCAGUGUGCAUUAGUCACAUUCUUCCCUUUCUUACCUACGGAACAUGAUUUGAACCACACGAGCGCUGAAAUAUGUUGGUUUUUAAGGACGUCUAAAAGACUUAUGACAACACAGUCACUAAAUGAAGUCAGGAGGGCCAGGGGGGAGAAAAGGAGGGAGGGGUUCCGCAUGACCGAGGUUUUGGGCCGUUGUGGUCAUAUGCAGCGUUAUGUGAUGAAGUUGCACAAGUGCCCUGUCAGUGAACUUGUAGUAGGAGAGGAGAUGAUGAUGACCUUUGUGUUCUCGCUCGUAUUCACUCAUGUCGUCAACAAUGACGGGAGGCCAGCUGAAGUUCACAAACAACAAUCGAAAACGGGUUUCUAUAGGCACGUUUCCAUGGAUAGCCUUUUGAGCGUUUAUUCGAUAUCAUUGAUAUGCAGCUGAAGCUCGGCUUACGUUCCCUAUUAGUUGGCCAACAACCCAACGCUUGGUGAAUUCUGCUUCACGAUGAUAUUAAGACCCAACGUCGAAGGAUCCCAACGCGGCGCUACGAACGCUUGGCCGCCACAAGACGAGGACCAAUCGGAGAAAAGCUUGUUUACGUAUCGAAUGUUCAUGAGAAAUGCAGCCGUCUCAAUUGCCAGGUGUGGAAAAGCCAAUUUUAAAAAAAAUUAAGCUGUCAAUAUUUUGUCACGUGAAACUAUUCAAUGAGUAUGGGAAAGGUAUAAAUAUGAAAUAAUCAUUGAAAAUUAGCGUAUUACAUCGCGAAUAUGCGGGGCCAGUACUGGUUCUGACAUGGCCGCCACAACUUGACUCAUAGAGCCUAAUGUCGGAUCCUGCUAGUUGACUAGUUGUAGUGUGUUCCUACAAGUGACAUCAAAUUCUACUGCUUAACAUCUAGCACUUCACGAGUAGCACUACAGUAGUUUUGCCUCACUACUAACAUGUAGUUGUCCUGCUAGUAUGCCAAAGUCUUACUAGUGAGACACAGUCAUGCUACUUGUGCGCUGAAUGGUCUUACUAGUGAGGACAAAGAGUGUACUAGUACAUGGAUGUAUAUCAUGAAUAUCACAUAAAUGGCAUUGCAAAUCUUUCUACCAAGCGGUACCGUUCGGUUCAGUACGCUAUGGUUAGGUGAGGUAUACUAGUCGUAGCCCGAGCAGAAGGAUUGUAUCUAUUUUUACAUAUUCUUUGUCCACGCGUUGCUCGUUUUGUCCAUUGCUUAUUCCAAAUGACCGCCUGUGGUAGCACAAGUAUAAGACUAAGAAAUGAAGAGAUGAAUCACUAUUUUCGGGAUACCUGGUGCCGUUAUUAUAGUUACUUCUCGGAAUAAAGCAGAUUAAAUUGUUCAUUGUUUGGUUUUUAGUUUUAAUGAGAUCACCCUGGGUGAUAAAUCCAAAUGGACUAAAGCAAUGGCGGGAAACCUAUGGCAUGUGGGCAAUACGGUGACUAUAAAAAGUCUACACACCCCUGUUCAAAUGCUAGGUUUUUGUGAUACAGUAUAAACAAUGAGACCAAGAUAAAUUAUUUCAAAACUUUUUCCACCAUUAAUGUGAUCUGUAAUCUGUACAUCUUAAUUGAAGAAAAUAUUUGUUUUUUUUUCGAUAAGGGGAGUAAAAAUAAACAACUGGGUUUUUGCAGAAGUGUGCACACCCUCUUUUAACUGGGGAUGACAGGAAUCUAACUUUUUACUUCCCCUUCGAAAAUAUAUUUUUUUAAUUGGCUUGUACAGGUUUUAGAUCACAUUAAUGGUGGAAAUUUUGAAAUAAUUUAUCUUGGUCUCAUUUUUCUUUAUAUCACAAAAACCUGCCAUUUGAACAGGGAUGUGUUGACUUUUUAUAUCCACUGUAGUUUAUACCUCCCGCAUUUGAUUCAGACUGCCAUACAAGUCCCAAAAAAAUCCAAGAGGGACACAAAACAUUUAACUGACAAAUGUUCACAAUAAAUAAUACAAUAACACUACAUACCUUUUGUACUGCCCCCAAUAAGAAAACGGUCCCCGCUCCAAAUGGUUAACGAGCACUUCCACGUUAUUAUUAAUACCGUGUUACGACUGUAAUUUAUGUUCAUUUUGAAUUGAACCGAUGCUCUUUUGUUCCUGCUCAUAUUUCCCGUAUAAAGGAGUGGAAAACUGUGUGUCAGUGUGUGUGUGUUUAAAAAAAAAACAAAAAAAAAGUGUUCCACUCUGUAAGCAGCACUGUAAAUGAAGUGUUCCAUUCUGUAACAGCAGCACUGCAAAUGUACAACUAACCCACUUCGCACACCUUUUUAAAAAAAAAAAAAAGUAAAUAUAUGUGACGGCACUGGAUGCGUGCUGAGAGACAACAAGGACAAGGACAAAUUCUGGAGUGAGGGGAAAAAGAAAGAAAAAUAGGAUGGACGACAAGAUGGAGGCUCGCUAAAUCUUUUGCUUUUGUUUGUUUGUUUGUUUUCUCUGUGCCUUAUUGGCUCUUGUGUUUUGUGUUGAAAUACACUGCCGUUGCUCAGA